AUGUCGCGGGAGAACCAACCUGAUCACGCACCGUACAGCGUGUAUUCGCAUCGCGAGAAAUGGUUCCUAGUAGCCAUCAUCUCGUUUGCGGGGUUGUUUAGCCCUUUAACGGCAAACAUAUACUUUCCAGCAAUUCCCGUUAUCGCCAAUGCCUUUCACAAAUCAACGGAACUCAUCAAUCUGACGGUGACCGUGUACCUGGUGAUACAGGGCGUCUCACCGAUGUUUUGGGGACCUAUGGCAGAUAGCUACGGGAGGCGUCCCAUAUUUUUAGCCUGCCUUGUGGUGCUCUGCGGAGCAUGCAUUGGCUUGGCUUUGGUCCCCACUUCGGCGUACUGGCUUUUGAUGCUGUUACGCUGCAUUCAAGCCGCGGGGUCCGCUAGUACUAUUGCACUUGGCGCGGGGGUCGUAGGGGAUAUUGCCGUGCCCUCUGAACGUGGAGGCUUUUUUGGUGUUUACAGCCUAGGACCUCUGGUUGGUCCCGCUAUAGGGCCAGUUAUUGGUGGUGCUCUAUCAGAUGGACUGGGAUGGCGGUCAAUAUUCUGGUUCCUCUGCAUAGGCGCUGCUUGCUGCUUCGUUUUUCUACUACUUUUCCUCCCAGAGACCCUGAGAGCUAUCGUAGGAAACGGUAGUAUAACACCACCCAAGCUCUACCGACCAUUGGUCCCUAUCUUCGCUUCUCAAAAGUCGGGUAGACGUUCAAAGGAUGAUCCCAAGAUUACCUUCAGAUUCCGUAAUCCCAUGCGCAUACUCACGUAUGUGGAUGUGUUGACUCUUCUAGUCUUCAACGGAAUUGUCUACGCCGUUUUUUAUGGCGUCACCGCUUCGCUUUCCUCGCUCUUUACAGAAAUCUACCCAUUCUUAAAUCAAACCAAGAUUGGGCUCUGUUUUCUCGCAGUCGGAGGUGGUGCCUCGUGCGGAACUGUUUCCUCAGGGUGGCUUCUCGACAAGGAAUACCAGGUCGUCAAAAGGGAUCUCGUUAAGAAGGCAAUGAUCCAGCGGGCCAAGGACGAAAAUCUCCCCGAUUCGCAAUUGUCAAAGGUGAACGACUCCGAAAAUACCACGGAGAACACAAGGAAGAACAUAAUCAUGGAGGUCACCAGGGAGGAGAACUUCCCGAUUGAACGUGCUCGUCUUCGCACUGUCCCAUUCAUGCUUGUCGUAUACGCUGCAUGUGUCAUAGGCUAUGGCUGGUGUCUACAACGAAGAGUGUCACUUGCUGGACCGCUGGUGCUACAAUUCUUUAUUGGAUUCAUCGCCAUCUCCGUCAUGAAUACCACUCAAACACUCAUAAUCGACCUCCUUCCUGCCCAGAGUUCUUCUGUAACAGCCUGCAAUAAUUUUGUUCGAUGUUCUCUGGGAGCCGUACUCGUCGCUGUGGUUGAUAUUAUUCUUAGAGCACUCACACCCGGGUGGACGUAUGUACUUUUUGCCGGCCUCUGCCUGUUGAUGAUGCCGUUGAUAUUUGUGGUACGCUGGAUUGGACCUAGAUGCCGAGCUAAGAGGAGAGCAAGGGCAAGUAGAUCCUAG